GUACAUCAUACAACUGUUAGAUGUUAUAUUAUAGAUAUAUCUACAGGACGUGUUCUUAUUUUUCCAGGCCUAAGACUACUACAGUCAGGCUCUUCCCUGAAGUUAUGAUAUUGUCGCUUUGAAAAAACGAAAUACUUGCAGGUAACAUGAUGCAAAAGCUCAUUUUGGAAGGGCAGGUGUACUCUGUGCCCCUAAUUCAGCCAGACCUACGAAGAGAAGAGGCUAUACAACAAAUUGCAGAUGCUUUGCAGUAUCUACAGAAAGUAUCUGGAGACAUCUUCACAAGGAUUUCACAAAAUGUGGAGACUAAUAAAAGACGCCUUCAGUCAGUUAGUGAAAGGAUCACUCUGGCCCAAGCCAAGGUUGACAGAAUCAAAGGAAGCAAGAAGGCAAUAAAGGUAUUCUCUAGUGCAAAGUACCCUGCCCCAGAUAAGCUGGAGGAGUACAUGUCCAUCUUCAGUGGUGCUGAUGAUCCAGCUGCACACAAACGACCUCGAUACAGAAUCCAGAGCAAGCAUCGACCUCUGGAUGAUAGUGCAUUACAGGAGAAACUAAAGUGUUUCCCAGUCUGUGUAAGCACAAAGCGACGAGAGGAAGAUGAAGCACACGAGGGUCUGGGUGGUUUGCCAAGGAACAUCAGCUCUGUCAGCUCCUUGUUACUCUUCAACACCACUGAAAAUUUGUACAAAAAGUAUGUAUUCCUGGAUCCUCUUGCGGGAGCAGUCACAAAAACUCACACAACCUUGGAGACAGAAAAAGAUCAGAAACCUUUUGAUGCCCCUCUGUCUAUAACCAAGAGGGAUCAACUGGAAAGACAGACUACUGAGAAUUAUUUCUACGUGCCUAAUCUGGGGGACGUUCCAGAAAUUGAUGUACCAUCUUACCUGCCAGACCUUCCUGGUAUUGCUGAUGACCUCAUGUACAGCGCUGACCUGGGUCCAGGUAUUGCACCAUCUGUACCAGCGAGCAGUAUACCAGAGCUGCCCGCCUUCAGUAUAGAGCCAUCUGAACCCAAUGGUCCAGGUAUUCAGAAUGGUGAGAUAAUGCCACCCCCACCACCGCCACCACCACCAGUGCCUCCAGUACUCCCCCCACCGGGACCUGCAAUCACGAUGACCGCAGCUCCACCUCCUCCUCCUCCUCCAGUUGCUCUUCCAUUACCUUCGGGAAGUAUGGGAGAUACCAGACAGUCUACAGGGCCCAUUCAAGGAGCUCCUCAAGAUGUGGCUCAACCAUCAACUGGCCGUGCCAGCCUGCUAGAGUCCAUUCGACAGGCAGGAGGAAUUGGGAAGGCCAAACUCCGCAGUGUUAAAGAAAGAAAGCUGGAAAAGAAGAAGCAGAAAGAACAAGAACAAGCGAGAGCUACAUCUGGAGGCGGUGGCAGUGGAGGAGGAGGUGAUCUCAUGUCAGACCUCUUUAAUAAACUAGCAAUGAGGCGGAAAGGCAUUUCAGGUAAAGGGCCUGCUGGUAGUGAAGGGGGCAGUGGUGAUACUUCAAAUCCUCCUGGUGGUGCCUUUGCCAGAAUGUCCGAUGUAAUACCACCUCUUCCUCCACCACAGCAACCAGGAGGAGAAGAGGAAGAGGAUGAUUGGGAAUCAUAACUGGAACAAAAUCUUCCAAGGCUGUGCUGCUCCCCACCAUGGACUCGCAGAUUUCAUUAACUGGAUAAAGCAUUAAUAAAAGAUUAGAAAACCGAGGCAUGUCUGGAGUAUGAAGACAAGAAGAACAAAAGGCAUUUCUAGUAGUGUACUUUUGUGUGGUCACUUGAUCACUAAGAAACAAUGGAGCAGCAGUAUUCAUAAAGUGAUAAAUGGUAAAUUACUGAAAUUAGGUUGGUCUUUAAAUAAAAUUACAUAACAUGUCAUACAAUUUAUUAAUCAGUCGCAUCUUUUGAAAAACUGGAUGAAUUUUCAUUUUGAAAUAAAAGUGCAACAAAUGAAAAGUUA